UACGUUACAGAGUCAAACCGCACAACACAACUUGACGCGUUUCUCUCGUCCCACGUCUUCUUCUUCCUCGCAACUCCUCACUCUGUAGUCUCUGUUUCUCAUUUGCCAUAUAUAUAUUCACAACACACACUGACUCUUAUCCCCAAAUCAUCAACUCAAACCUUUUGUAAAUCCAAUUCUUCAAUGGCUAUCAUCAAAUCGAACAAAGAUCACAAACCAUGCGGUGGUGGCGGCGGCGUUUUUACCACCGUCGUGACUCGCGAAGUCUGGGCGGAGAAUCUCGAAUCUGAAUUUAAACUAAUCAGCGAAACUAUCGACGAUUAUCCAUUCAUCUCCAUGGACACUGAGUUCCCCGGCGUGAUUUUCAAAUCUGAUCUCCGAUUUACAAACCCCGGCGAUCUCUACAGUCUACUUAAAGCUAACGUCGACGCGCUCAGCUUAAUCCAAGUCGGUCUCACUCUCUCCGACGCCGACGGUAACCUCCCGGAUCUAUUCGGUGACGGACGGCGGUUCAUUUGGGAGUUUAAUUUCCGAGACUUCGACGUGGCGCGUGACGCACACGCUCCGGAUUCCGUCGAGUUGCUCCGUCGGCAAGGUAUCGAUUUCGAGCGGAACCGCCGCGACGGGGUUUGUUCGGAGAGGUUCGCGGAGCUGAUGAUGUCGUCGGGGCUUGUUUGUAACGAGGACGUGAGCUGGGUGACGUUUCAUAGCGCGUACGAUUACGGUUACCUUAUGAAGAUUCUCACGCGCCGUGAUCUGCCCGGCGCGUUGGGGGAGUUUAAGCGCGUGAUGAGAGUUUUGUUCGGUGAGCGCGUGUAUGAUGUGAAACAUAUGAUGAAGUUUUGUGAGAGGAGAUUGUAUGGCGGUUUAGACCGGGUUGCGAGGACGCUUGAUGUUAACCGGGAGGUUGGGAAAUGUCAUCAAGCCGGUUCGGAUAGUUUGCUUACGUGGCACGCGUUUCAGAGGAUGAGAGAUUUGUAUUUUUCUCAAGAUGGGCCGGAGAAGCAUGCUGGGAUUUUGUAUGGGCUUGAGGUCUUUUAAGGGGUGUACUGAUUUAAAAAAAAAAAUUCAAUUGAUUAACUCAAUUAAUCCUUGUAGCUAAUGUUCUUUUGGUAAGAGGAAAUAUAUAUUAAAAAAAAAAUAAUGAUACAUUUUUAAA